AUGAAGUUGCUGGUAAUGAAAUAGCAAUUUCUAAAGCUUUAUUUACAGCAGAAGAGUAUUUACUUAGUUCUAGUAAAUCAAUUCUUUGUGUACUAGGAUCAAAUGGUUUUCUUAGCCAAAAUGCAUACCAAAUUAGUGCUUCUUCUUCAAAUUGUCAAGAAGGAAUUUAUAUAAACAAUUGAUAGAUUUAACUACUUCACUGAACUCUUAAAUAUUAAUUUUUGUCAUUGUUUUUUUUUUUUUUUUUAAAUAAUAAAUAAUGCGCGUCUAAGGUUAUCUUAUUUUCCUAUGCUUUGGAAAUUUUCUGUAACGAUUCUAGUUCUAAAACCUAACAAGCCUCCCGACUUGUCCUCCUCCUACCGACCUAUAAGUCUCCUCCCCUUUUUCAGCAAAAUUCUCGAAAGAUUAAUUCUUAAAAGAAUUCGUCCAUGCAUCUCUUCCAAUUCCAUAUUACCUAAUACACAAUUUGGUUUUCGUACCGCUCAUUCCUCAAUACAUCAGCUGCACAGACUAGUCGAUGCUAUUUCCUUCUCCCUUGAAAAAAAAGUUAUUGCNAAACCCAUAGUUUAUCCUUCCUUUUACUUACUAAUCAAAUCUUACCUCGCGAAUCGAUAUUUUCAGGUCAGAGUUGGCACAUCCCUUUCUGGUUUAGCAAAGAUUAGCGCAGGCGUUCCUCAGGGGGCAUUCUUUCUCCUCUAUUAUAUCUCGUAUAACAUCUACGCUGUCGAUCAACUCACCUCUCCGAAUACAGCUGUUGCAGAGUUUGCCGAUGACAAGGCCAUUAUUUCUAUCCAUAAUAAUCCUCACACAGCUUCCCACAAUCUUCAACUCCACUUUGACCUCAUGGCUGAUUGGUAUAAAAAAUGGCGUAUCAAAUUUAAUCAAUCCAAAUCACUCCAUACAACAUUUACUCUUCGUCGUACUUCCUGUCCUAUGGUGUCUCUAGACAAUAUUCAAAUCCCUUCCUCUCAAACGGCCAAAUACUUAGGCAAAUACUACAAUUGA